GGCCCGGGGAUAACGAUCGUGACUGCUUUUUUCGUGAAGUUGCCCACAAAGGUGGCGACGUUUUGUUUUUUCCGUUCCACUCGCGUGUCGUGGACAAAAUGACAGGAAUUCCCUCGGGGCUGAAAAUGCGCGAUGCAAUCUAAAUCCACGAUCACCGACAGCCACGAGAACGACGCAGAUGAAUCGAUGGAAGAGUCUGUCUUCGAGCAAAUAUGCGACACGAUAUUCGUUUUGAUACCCGAAGUGCCGCGACUGAAGCAGCUGUUCCUAAGUUGGAGCCAGCUAGGCAUCGAAGACAGAGUGCAAUUGGAUGCUAAAGUGGCCAACUGGUGCUGUCCUAACCGACGACAGCUAUACAAACCUUUGCAAGAGGCGCUAGUUCGCUGGGAGACGGUGCAGGAUACCCAAGGCGCUCCCGGUUGCGAUCCGGGUAUGGUCUCCUUUUCCUGCGAUCCCCAGCUAGAGGAGGAGCUGGUCAGCGUUAUUUACAGCCUGGAGCUGUUGUUCACCAAAAAUCGAACCGGCAAGGAGAUCGAUAUGGACUACGAGGUCGGUCGAUGCAUGGAGCUCAGGAGGGAGAUGUCCUUGAACCUGAAUUGCGAUGGCACUUUGCGCUCGAUUUUGAGCCCGAAAGAAAGAACGCCCCAUUCCGUGCACAGCUGCAGCUACCUAGUCGAUUUCAAGCGAUCUGACGAGGAACUGAGCGGUUACCUGACCAAUUAAGCAUCGAUGACGAUUGGU